UAUUAACGGUGUUUAGCGUGGAAGGCGUGGAUUGGCGUAGAUAGGUUGGCGUCGGUCGUAAGCCAUAUUUGCAUCAAGUUAAACAUCGGCGUUGGUCGUUUACAGUUGCUAAACGUUGGUUAGAGAAUAAGCGUUGGUUAUAACAUUUAAUCCAGUCAACAUGGGGAAGCUAAAUGUUAAGAUGUUACGAUAUCUUAGCUCAGAAGAGUUUCGCGUGUUAACAGCGAUCGAAAUGGGCAUGAAAAAUCACGAACUCGUGCCUGCAUGCCUUGCUGCGCAGAUAGCGAAUCUGCGUUAUGGUGGAGUCAAUAAGUUGUUGAAGGAAUUAUGCAAACACAAACUGCUAAGAUAUGAACGAGGAAUGAGAUAUGAUGGUUAUCGCUUGACAAAUGCUGGUUAUGAUUACUUGGCAUUGAAAGUCCUAACUCACAGGGGAACUAUCUCUCACUUUGGUAACCAGAUUGGUGUUGGGAAGGAAUCUAAUAUUUAUGUUGUCAGUAACGAGGAAGGCAUUCCUCUGUGUCUCAAGCUACACAGGCUUGGCAGAACUUGUUUUCGAAAUAUCAAAGGAAAAAGGGACUAUCAUCAGCACAGAUAUUCUGCAUCUUGGUUAUAUCUCUCAAGAAUCUCAGCAACCAGAGAAUAUGUAUAUUUGAAGGCACUGCUCGAUAGAGGUUUUCCUGUACCAAAGCCAAUUGAUUUCAACAGGCAUUGCUUGAUUAUGGAGCUGGUUGAAGGUGGACCUCUAUGUAAUGUACAUGAAGUGGAGAAUGUGGAAGCAUUGUACGACGAGCUCAUGGAUUUGAUCGUCAGAUUAGCAAAUCAUGGUGUUAUACAUGGGGACUUCAAUGAAUUCAAUGUAAUGAUAAAAGACGAUGGCAAGCCUGUUAUCAUUGAUUUUCCACAGAUGAUUUCUACUGAGCAUCAAAAUGCGGAAUUUUACUUUCAAAGAGAUGUUGACUGCAUUCGUGAAUUCUUCAAAAGGCGUUUUGGCUACGAGAGUGAAUUGUACCCAAUUUUCAAAGAUAUAUUACGUGAGGAUUUUAUAGAUGCUGAAGUCAGAGCUAGUGGUCUAACAAAGCAAAUGGAAAAGGAUCUUAUGAAAGAAAUUGGUAUUGUUGAGGCAAAUGACGAAGAGGAAAAUGAAGAUAGCGAGAAUGAAAUUUAUGAAGACUGUAAUGAUGAUAUCGAAAGUUUGGAACAUCAGAUCAACGAUUUAAAGCUUGAAGUAGAAACUUUAGUGAAAGAAGGUUUUGAUGAAGUGAAAAAGACAGCGUUGAGCAAAGCGUCUUUGAAAAAUCAAAAUAAUCCACAAAAUGAGCAUAAACAGGACAGCGAAGGUUCAGUAAUGGGAAGUUCGUUAAACAGUGAUGAAACGCAAAGUAUACGGAGUGUUUCGACAGUUGCCACAAUCGCGCCGGAUGUGAUAAAGAAGAGAACGAAAGUGGCACUUGACAAACGCGAUAGACGAAAUCGAUCAAUGAGAUUACUUGUCAAGGGAGAAGCAGCUGCGAUAACAAGGAGACGGAGAGAAAAUCGAUUGGCAAUAAUAGAGUACCAAGAAUCAGGCAUAUGGGGAGGAGGUGAUGAUAAAUGAAUGAAUACGUAUGCUAUUUAUGUAUCCAAAAGGCUGUGCGAUAUAAAAAUUAAAAAGGUUAUAUUCCUUUUUAAUUUUGUUUAUUACGCAU